AUGGUAUUUUCUGAAAAAAAACUCAAAAAAUUAAAACUACUUAUAAUUGGAAAUGGAGGAAGAGAGCAUGCACUCUCAUGGAAAUUGUCAAAAUCCCCACGUGUAGAAAAGAUAUUUGUUGCUCCAGGAAAUGGAGGAACAGAAUGUUUAUCUGAAAAUGUGCAAAAUAUAAAGAUUGGUAUUAUGGAAUUUAAAAAACUAGUAGAUUUUGCCCUUGAACAUGAUAUUGAUCUUGUUAUAUCUGGUCCAGAAGCUCCAUUAGUUGCUGGUAUUGAAGAAUGUUUUAGAAAAGCUGGAAUAUAUUUUUUUGGCCCAUCAAAAGAAGCAGCACAAAUGGAAGGAUCAAAAGCAUUCUCCAAAGACUUUAUGAAUCGACACAAUAUACCAACAGCUAGAUACAAAAAUUUCACUUCAUAUGAGCUGGCAAAAGAACAUAUAUUGCAAUUAGAUUAUGAUGUUGUUAUUAAAGCAUCUGGAUUGGCUGCAGGAAAAGGAGUGAUUGUAUCAGAGUCUAAAUCUCAUGCUCUAUGUUCUCUUAAAGAAAUUAUGCAAAAUAAAAUUUUUGGUGAUGCUGGAAAUCAAGUAGUUAUUGAGGAGCGUUUAAUUGGAGAAGAAUUAAGUAUUCUUUCUUUUUCUGAUGGAUAUACCAUAAAAACAUUACCACCUGCAAAAGAUCAUAAGCGUCUUUAUGAUGGCGAUAAAGGUCCAAAUACAGGUGGAAUGGGUUGUUAUUCACCUACUCCUAUUUCAACACCAUUCUUGAUGGAACAAAUUCAUAAGGAAAUUUUAAAACCAACUAUUGAUGGAAUGAGACAAGAAGGUUUUCCGUUUGUUGGUCUUUUAUUUACAGGUAUUAUGUUAACUUCAAAUGGUCCAAAAGUUUUGGAAUACAAUGUACGUUUUGGAGAUCCAGAAACUCAAACAAUCCUGCCAUUACUUCAUGAUGAUACUGAUUUGUUAGAAAUAAUCUUGGCUUGUAUUGAACGAAGACUUGAUUUUAUUCAGCUUCAUAUCAAUCCACUUUUUUGUGUUUGUGUGGUAAUUGUUGCAAAAGGUUAUCCUCAUUCUUAUGAAAAAGGAAAAUUAAUAGAUAUUGGUGUUCUUGAAGAUGGAAUUAUUAUUUUUCAUGCAGGAACAGAUAUUUCUGAAUCAAAAAAAAUUAUUACUGCAGGUGGAAGAGUUUUAUCUAUUUCAGCUACUGGAGCAACACUGAAUGAAGCUUCUGAAAAUGCGUAUAAAAAUAUUAAAUCCGUUUUUUUUGAAGAUAUGUUUAAUCGUACUGAUAUUACAUAUCGGGAAUCUAAUGUUACUAAUAUGGGUCCAAAAGAGGCGAUUACAUAUUCAAUUUCAGGAGUUUCUAUUGAAAAUACUAAUAAUUUUUUAAAUAUAAUUAAAUCCAAAAUUCAAUCUACAAAACGUUUAGGUUCUGAUGCUAUUAUUGGAGGGUUUGGUGGCAUUUUUGAUCUAAAGACUUUAGGUUAUAAAGAUCCUUUGUUGGUUGGAGCAAUAGAUGGAGUUGGAACAAAGAUAAAAAUAGCACAAAUAAUGGAUAAACAUGAUACAAUAGGAAUUGAUCUUAUUGCUAUGAACGUUAAUGAUUUAAUUGUUCAAGGAGCAGAACCUCUCUUUUUUCUUGAUUAUUAUGCAUGUAGGAAACUCAAUAUUGAUAAUGCAGUAUCAUUUAUUCAAGGUAUAUGUAAUGGCUGUAAAAUAGCAGGUUGUGCACUUAUAGGUGGAGAAACAGCUGAAAUGCCAGGAAUAUAUUAUGAUAAAGAUUAUGAUACAGCUGGUGCAGCUAUUGGCAUUGUAGAAAGACAAAAUCUUUUACCAGCUUUUGAUAAAAUAGAACCAGGAGAUGUGAUUCUAGGACUAGGUUCGAGUGGUCCACAUUCAAAUGGGUUUUCUUUAAUAAGAAAAAUAAUUGAACACUCUAAAUUAAAGUACAGUGAUAUAGCACCAUGGGAUUGUUCAACAACAGUAGGGCUAAGCCUUCUUACACCAACAAAAAUAUAUGUUAAAUCUCUCUUAAAUUUAGUAAAAAGUGGUGUUAUUAAAGGAAUGGCACAUAUUACUGGUGGCGGAUUUGUAGAAAAUAUCCCAAGAAUCCUUCCUGAUAAUCUUAUGUCUGAAAUAGAUGUAACAUCAUGGGAAUUGCCUAAGAUUUUUCAUUGGCUUAAAAAAGCUGGAAACGUUCCUAUUGAUGAUUUUUCAAGAACUUUUAAUAUGGGUAUAGGAAUGGUAGUAAUUGUUGAAACAUCUAAAGUGUCAGAAGUACUUUCAAAACUAAAAAGUAUGGGAGAAAAUGUUUAUAAAAUUGGGAAUAUAUUAAAAAGAACACCGCAAGACCCAAAAUGUGUAUUAAAAAAUUUAGAUGUGUGGAUAUAA